AUGCGCGACCCGAUCUUCGCGAAGGUGGCCUACCGCUUGAAGAAGCAGAGGAUUGACGUGAACACGGUGGACAAGAUGAGGGUCGAUGUCCGAAAAGCCGUGGCCGCAGCAGAGAGACGCCACUCCCCCGCGUCUUUUGCACAUAAAAGUCGAGGGCUCCAGUUACGUGAACAGUGGACUUCUCGUUUACGUUUGAUUGGUAGCUUAAUGAUGCUGUGUAACCCAACACGUGAAAGUCGAAGGAACGGGCCACGGAUUGGUUUCGAAGCGACGGAUGUGGUAGUUUACUUUGGGAGAUAUGCUGGCAUCAGCAUCGUGCCCUGUGAGGAUCUUUGUGGCCUCGCAUGUGUUUGA